UGGUAACGUUCCACGUGAGAAUUUGUUUGGACUAUAAAAACGAAUUAUUUUUAAAAAUGAUAUUAGCCACUGUGUAGCUUUAUAGCGUAUAAUAAAACAUAUAGCGCCUUUCUGAUUGUAAAAAGAUCGGAGAACAAUGUUUAAAUAUCAGUUUGUUUUUGCUUGCAUGUGUUGGGUCGGUGUUCUCGCUUCUAGAGAUAACAUAUAUGAUCGUUUACUGGCUAGACUAACGGGAAGAAGUGACAGGAGACAGCAAUCACAGAAAGGAGAACGCGGUAUACAUUUAGUUGGGAAGCCAUCGUCGAUUGAUUAUCGUACAAAUAGCAAUAGCAAGAGAUCUCUCGGAACUCCAUUAGAUUUUUCAAUAGAUGAAAUAUUAUCUCUCCACAAUACUGCUCGUUAUGAAGUUUCACCUCCUGCUAAUCCACCUAUACCAGACUUGAUAUGGAACAAUGAGUUGGCCAAAAUGGCAGAGGAAUGGGCAAAGGGUUGUUUAUGGGGACACAAUCCAAACAGAACGACCUCAUUAGGCACUUUGUCAGCUGGAGAAAAUAUAGCAUUAACAUCUGAAAUUUCACAAGGCUUUAACAAUUGGGAAGACGAGAUAACAGACUGGACAUAUGACAACUAUAAAGAUGGCUGUGAUACGGGUAAAACAUGUGGACAUUACACACAGAUCAUAUGGGCUAAGACAACAAAGAUUGGAUGUGCCUAUGUAAAGUGUGACGAUUAUAGUAACCUGCCUGAUGAUUAUAACCCGUUGAAAUACCUCGUCUGUGACUAUUUCCCUCCUGGUAACAUGAGAUACAACAACGUUUAUCAAAAGCCUUAUGAAUAAAGUGAGUUUUACCAAUGACAACUGCUGUAGAAGACAACACAGAUCAUUUAGACAUUUUAUAUAUAGCUAAUUGGAAAUUUCUUUUCUCCAUGUACUUUUUUUCUAACCGGAUAGUCAAAGGGGCCUUGUUAUUUUACCAUUUGAAGUUCGCCAUCAAUUGUAAAUUAUUUGAAAAUGGAAUCCACUUUAACCAAUGUCAUUGACAACAUUUAGUCAAGCCUUGUGUAUAGUAAUUAUAGCAAGAAAGUACCUACUUUUAACUCAAUGUACGAAACAUGGCUUAGAAGCAAUAUUUUUUAAUAUUUUCUAUGCAGCUACCUAAGGAUACGAAGAUUAAUAGGACUUAAUUCAGGACAUAAGUCAUUUGUCAAUUUAUCUAUUUUAAAAUAUCACAGAACCUAAUUUCAGUCAUAUUUGUGUAAGUCAUAGUGUUUUUGGUUUAUGACUUCAAAACUACUUUAUACAUACGCCAUUUGGUAAAAAUGUAUUAUUCAUAAAUUGUUUUUUGUAUUUACCUAAUUUGACAUGGUUAACUAUUUUUCCCUUUAUGAUAUAUUUCGCCUCUUUCCUUGUUGCAUCCCCUUUUUCCCAAGUUACUUUUUUGCUUUUUUUCCCUUGAGGAAAGAUUUGAUUACUCGUGCUGGCGGCAUGAUCUAUGGGAUUUUUGUUAUUGAAAGCAUAUAAAAAUCGAGUAAAUAAUAUGGUUAUGUAUGAGGUAAACGAUAUAAUCUUUUUAGGACAUAUAGCUCUCGUUCAUAGAUUUACAUACUAAGUAUUAUAUUUCUGUCAAAUAUGUUACAUUCAGAUGCAGCAAUGUGUUAUUACUAUCUGUACUUAUUUCAUUAAUAAAACCAAUCGAAAGUUA